GCCGAGAGGCCCCUGUCCGGCUCGGGCGGAGGGAAGGGGGAGGGAACUAGAGGAGGAGGAGGUUAGCCGAGGCAGCUACAGCGGCGGCGGCGUAGGGGCUGGUACGCGCUGGGCGGCGAGAGCCUCAUGGCGGAGGAAGAGAGCGAUCAAGAGGCCGAACGCCUCGGAGAAGAGCUCGUGGCCAUUGUGGAGUCCCCGCCAGGCCCUGUUGGGCUCAGAGCUGCGGGUGACGGCAGAGGUGGCGCUGGCAGCGGCAGCUGCGGUGUCGGCGGCUUUGGGAUCAGCAGUCGGGAUUACUGCCGACGCUUCUGUCAGGUGGUUGAAGAUUAUGCUGGAAGAUGGCAGGUCCCUUUGCCACAGCUUCAGGUUCUUCAGACUGCACUUUGCUGUUUCACAUCAGCCAGUGCAUCAUUCCCAGAUGAAUGUGAGCACGUACAGUAUGUUUUGAGUAGCCUUGCUUUGAGCUUCUUUGAGUUGCUGCUGUUCUUUGGAAGAGAUGAGUUUUAUGAAGAGCCACUAAAGGAUAUUCUUGGAUCAUUCCAGGAAUGCCAGAAUCACCUCCGCAGAUAUGGAAAUGUGAAUCUGGAACUGGUGACUCGAAUCAUUAGAGAUGGUGGCCCAUGGGAAGAUCCAGUGUUGCAAGCUGUUCUUAAAGCCCAGCCAGCAUCUCAGGAGAUAGUGAACAAAUAUUUAAGUUCUGAAAAUCCACUGUUCUUUGAACUACGUGCCAGAUACCUAAUUGCUUGUGAACGCAUACCUGAAGCAAUGGCUCUUAUCAAAUCUUGUAUAAAUCACCCAGAAAUCAGCAAAGACUUGUACUUCCAUCAAGCACUCUUCACAUGUCUGUUUAUGUCACCUGUAGAAGAUCAACUAUUCCGGGAGCAUUUAUUGAAAACUGAUUGUAAGAGUGGAAUUGAUAUCAUCUGUAACACUGAAAAAGAAGGCAAGACUAUGUUAGCUUUGCAACUCUGUGAAUCCUUUCUUAUUCCGCAGCUCCAGAAUGGGGAUAUGUACUGUAUCUGGGAGUUGAUUUUCAUAUGGAGUAAACUUCAGCUUAAGUCUAAUCCUUCAAAGCAAGUUUUUGUAGAUCAAUGCUACCAGCUUUUAAGAACAGCAACUAAUGUGAGAGUCAUAUUUCCUUUCAUGAAAAUCAUUAAAGAUGAGGUUGAAGAAGAUGGCUUACAAAUCUGUGUCGAAAUAUGUGGUUGUGCCCUACAACUAGAUCUUCAUGAUGAUCCCAAAACUAAAUGUUUAAUAUAUAAAACAAUUGCACAUUUUUUGCCAAAUGAUUUGGAGAUCCUCAGGAUUUGUGCACUCUCAAUAUUUUUUCUUGAGCGCUCCCUGGAAGCUUACCAUACUGUUGAAGACCUUUACAAACGUCCAGAUGAGGAAUAUAACGAAGGCACAAGUAGUGUUCAAAAUCGAGUUCGUUUUGAAUUACUUCCCAUUUUGAAAAAGGGAUUGUUUUUUGAUCCUGAAUUCUGGAACUUCGUAAUGAUUAAGAAAAACUGUGUAGCAUUAUUGAGUGAUAAAUCAGCAGUUAGAUUUCUAAAUGAAAGUACACUGGAAAAUUCUACAGGUAAUCUGAAAAAGGCAGUGGAACAGCAAGGUUUAGAUGAAGGGCUUGACUCUCUUACCGAUCAGAGCACUGGAGAGCCUGAUCCUGAUGAUUUGUCUAGAGUGCAACCUAAGGGUCACAUUAAUACAAAGAAAAACCUUAUGGCUCUUAAUGUUUCCAAAGUAGAUCACAAUGUCCCAAGGCAUCGGUGUAUGUUAUGUAACAAGGAAUUUCUAGGCGGUCACAUUGUAAGGCAUGCCCAGGCUCAUCAGAAAAAGGGCAGUUUUUCAUGUGUGAUAUGUGGUAGGAAAUUUAGAAACAAAGGACUUAUGCAGAAGCAUUUAAAGAAUCAUGUUAAGAAAAUACAAAGACAGCAAAUUGCUGCAGCUCAACAGGAGGAUCAAGAAAUCCCCGCUGUGGAAGAAAUAAAUUGUUCCGAUGCUUUCAUUUCAUUUGAGAAUGGGAAUUCUGAUAAUAAGGAUUUGGAAGCAGACACAAUUACUGCUUCCAGUGAUGGAAACAAAGAGGUCAUCCCUGCACAUGUGGCUGAAUUCAUUGAAAUUCCCGUAAGUGUAUCCGAAGAUGUAAUUGAGAACAUGAUUGAAAAUGGGAAUCCUGAUACUUCUUUAAAUAAUGUCUCAGAACCUUUGCCUGUAUGUGAGGAUGACUAUGAGGAGGAAGAGGAUGAAGAAGGUGAUUAUGAAGAAGACGAUUAUGACCUGAAUCAAGAAACUUCCGUACUUCAUAAAAUCAAUGGAACUGUGUGCCAUCCAAAAGAGAUAUAUGCUACAGAUCAAGAAGGGAACUUUAAGUGCCCUGCUCUUGGUUGUGUCAGGAUAUUUAAAAGAAUCGGAUUUCUAAAUAAACAUGCAAGGACUGUACAUCCAACUGAUUUAAAUGUGCGGCAAACGGUAAUGAAGUGGAGCAAAGGAAAAUGCAAAUUCUGUCAAAGGCAAUUUGAAGAUUCUCAACAUUUUAUAGAUCACCUUAAUAGACACAGCUACCCAAAUGUGUACUUCUGUUUGCAUUUUAAUUGCAACGAGUCAUUUAAGUUGCCAUUCCAGCUUGCUCAGCACACAAAAAGUCACAGGAUAUUUCAAGCUCAGUGUAGUUUUCCAGAAUGUCACGAGCUUUUUGAAGAUCUUCCUCUGCUCUAUGAACAUGAAGCUCAGCACUAUUUGAGUAAAACACCAGAAUCCUCCGCACAACCAAGUGAAACAAUUCUUUGGGAUGUUCUUACAGACUCAAAUCCUAAUCAUCAGGAAAAAGACUCAUCUAGUAAUGAGAAACAAACUCUCACUCUGCCAGUUUCUACUAGCAAAUCAAGGAAAGAUUCCAUAGAACCAAAGACGUGUACAGAAAGUAUGGAGAAGAAAACAGAUGGUUUAGUUCAGAAUGGAAAUGAACAUUCUGACGACACUGUUUCUGAUAUAAGCUUGAUAGACCAAAAGAUGCCUGACAUAGAGCCAAAUUCUGAAAGUAAUUAUAGUAUUAGUGAUUUAGUCAAUGGACACAGUGGAACAGAGCAGACACCUUUAGUUUCGUCAGAGCCUGCUUUGAAAACUGAUACAAACAGAAUCAGGACAGAAAAUGGUUCCAUUUUACCCAGUGUUGUACCACAAGAACAUAAUACCCUGCCAGUAUCUCAGGCACCUUCCAAACCAAAUCUGACGAGUGAACAUACUUCAUAUGGCUUAAUUUUAACAAAGCCGUAUGUCAGACCACUGCCUCCCAGUUACCUUGAUGAACGGUACCUUAGUAUGCCAAAACGCAGAAAAUUUCUGACUGAUAGAGUAGAUGCCUGUUCUGAUCAAGAUAACGUUUGUAAAAAAUCCGUGAAAAGAUUAAGAUGUGGCAAAUGCCUGACCACCUACUGUAAUGCAGAAGCACUUGAGGCUCACCUUGCACAAAAGAAAUGUCAGACACUCUUUGGAUUUGAUUCAGAUGAUGAAAGUGCCUGAUAAAAAUGUUUCAGAAUGAUCUGUCGAUCAAGCAGUAGUGUGAGAAAAGCACUGCAAGAAAUUGCAUCAUCAGUUUGCUAUUUUCCUGAUGGCCUUAAUUUUCAAGCGGUCUUGGAUUUACUAAAGAUAAAGACAAAGCACAUUUUCUAGAAUGAACUCAGAGAGGAGAUGUGCUGGUUUAGACUCCAAAAGGGUUAUUAAAAAACUCCCAAAGUACCAGUUAUCCAGAAAACCACAUUUUUUAAAAAGUUGAUGACUAUUAAUGCAGCAUGUUCAGUUUUACCUAUGUGAGAAACAUGUUCGGGCAACUAGUCAGAAAGGAAAACCAGCUAUGGCCUUACAGAAAGGGAAAAGUUAACCGGUUAUUAAAAAAAAGGGGGGGGGGGCGUGGGGGUGGUUUACAAUAAACAGCUUAAAGUAUUCUACAAAAGAAAUUUGUUUUCUUGUCAUGCAUAAUCAGAUUAUGUCCUCCCCUUCUCGUCAAACACGGUUUAAAGAACAUUGGUAUUUGGUUUAUUAUAAUUUAAAAACUGAUACAUGAAAAUAAAAUUUGAUAUAUCACCAUGCUAUCCAUAAAAGAUUGUAACUUGUUUCCAGAUGAUUGAUUAGACAGGAUAGAGUUCAAUGAAUGGCAUGCCAGCACUGAAAAUUAAACAAAAGAAAACAAAACACUUUGCUAAUAAGCUCCACUUUCCAUUUUGGUAAUACCAAUGAGUUGUAUUUAAAGGCAGCAGUGUCCAAUAGAAAAAGAACCAUCAGUAACUUUGAGGAGAGAUGGGAGGAAUCUAAGACCAUUAAAGGCUAUCUAAUUGAAGGAAAACACUGAAUUGCAAAUAACUCAAUGUGAAUAAUGGUAUAAGCACACUGGGAUAUUUCUAUUUGUAUAUAGAGUAGUGUUAGGACAUUGCUUGAUGAUUCAUAGUAAGGUCCUUUUAGACAUUAAUGUGAGUUAUCUAAGUACAGUCCUAUAAAAAUAACUGGCUGUAAAAAAAAUAUGUCAGCUAAAUCAGGUCAAGAAUUCAUUGGUUUUAUUCAGUUAGGAGAGUUAAUUCUAAAAUAAGCCAUACUACUCAUGCUUUCUUAUUUAUUAGUGAUGAAUUUGGUCUGAAUAGUAAUUUUUAUAUAUAAAAGGAAAUAUGUACACAAAAAUUUGCACAGCAAGAACACAGUUAAGAUAUAUUGAUGCUUUUAUUUUCCUUGAUGACCAGUAGUUUUCCUAAGGAAGAUUUUAACUUACUAGUCAAUGAAUUGUUCAAACACAAAAUGUUUUUUAAAAUACCCUCUCAGAUAUGUUCCACUUGUACAUUCUCUAAAAGAGGAAAUUUAGUGAUCUUUUACCUAGUAGUGUGUUAAUCUACAGCAGGGAUAAAAUGAACAAAAAUACAAAGGCAAAUUCUUAAAAAAUGGAGCUACUAAUGUGCCAUCGUCAACCAAAUAUUCCAGUUAUUCAAACAGACAUGUUUUUGUUCAAAGCAGAUAAUCUUGUCAGACCUUAGUAUUAUAGCUUCUUUAAUGAAGUCACUAAGGAAGGGGCAUUUCUUCAAGGUAGCAUCCAGACUUUAUCAAGUUGGGAUAUCCAGGCCAUGAGGAUUUUAAAAAAUUCCCAAUUUUAUUAUUUAUUCAUUCACUACUAUGCAAGUGAUAGUCACAAGUCCAUUCCAAUCAAAUUUAAGUUUUUGUUUUGUUGUGUAGCCUACAUUAGGCUGUGGGAUUUACAUUUAAAUGACACAUAAGUAAAUGCAACUCAAUCAGAUUUUUAAAUCCGUUAAGGUCAACUAAAAAAAAAAAAUGUUUUCCAUAUUUCCUAAAGCUAAAAAUAUACUUGAGUUCUAUUUCAGUUCAAUAUAAAGUACAUCAUGUAAUAAAAAGUCUGUUUGGACACCAUUUGGACAGUGAGGUUUUUUUUUUUUUAAUAUAAUUUCUGCUUUGUAUAUUUUCCAGAAGUUUAAAAUUACAAUUUAGCAUUUUAUCACAUCUUUUAACUUUCACUUUUUAUAAGUUGUGACUAUUGACAUAAAUCCAUGUCUGAAAAUUGUUAUUUUUAUUCAUUAUGCAGUUCAUAUCAAGAGGUUUUAAACAUAUUCCACUUGUUAAUUUUAUCUUUAAUUUGAGGUUUUAUUUCUACUUUUGUGUUGCUAAAGGAAAACUAUUUCUGAAACAUUGAGAUCAAAUUGGCCUAUAAAUAAUUAAAUCAAGGAAUGUUUUAUAAAAAUCUAUUUGGCUAUGCUGUUCUAAACCUCUUUAUAUAAUCCUCAAAUAAUUGCUAUUGAAAGAAUGUGUACAUUUCAUCAUGUAUGUCUUAUAAAGCAUAAACUUACAUCAUUUUGCUUUUGUGGGGUGCAUAAACUUCCAACAGUUCUCAUUGGGGAUUUGGAAGAAAAGGAAGCUUUCUUAUUCCUCAGUUCUUCUCUUUUACUUUUCUACUUCUUCUAUUUUGAGGAUGUGUUUAUCUUACAUGGACCAAGUUUCAAUCUUUUUUUUUUUUUAAUAAAAAUUUCCUUCAAAACAUUAAAUAUUAACUUUCUGCUGUCUCAGUAAGGUCAAGAAAAUAGCAAAUCUGAAUUUUUGCUGCUCAGAUAUUACAAAAAAGAGGGAUCUCCGUGGACAAGGACACUGGUACUUUGGGCUCUAGCCAUAUCCAUUUUUUUAAACCACCGAUUAUAUGAGUAGAUAACUUAUAACACUGAACUUGUGAUUCUUUUCAAAUCACACUUGAAGGUUCAGCUGUACUCCUUUCAUGUUUGGUUUAAACUGUUGUAUGGAUGAAAAACCUAAAAGGGAUGAUAGUGUUUAUCUUUUAAUUUAUUUGGUACUGUAAAACACCUUUUCAGAAUGCCUAAAUGCUGCAUAUGCAUUUUGGAAUUGUUAAUAUGUGAAAGAUAUUACAGAUUCAGCAAGAAAGGAAAUUUGUGCUUCCUUGUUGAACAUUAAAUUAUUUUACUUUGCAUUUUAUAAGAGUACAAAUUAAAACUGAGCCAUUGAACUGCAAUAAUUCAACAAUAGCGUCUCAUUUCAAGAAAUUUUUUGUACUGUACAUAGACUUGUUCAAUAAAACAUUGUCCUUGUUGGUAA